AUGUCGAACUUGAACAAGCUUGAUUUCAUCGCUUUGGAAGUAUUUGGAAGAAACUACCCAAAGUGGGUUCAAGACAUGAAGCUCCAUCUUACUGUAAAGAGUCUUCGAGCCACCAUCAAGGAACCUACCGACGACCUAGUCGACGAAGCUCAGAAAGCUAAUGCUAUGAUCUUUAUUCGAAGACACAUCCAUGAUGCACUGCAGACCGAGUAUCUUGCUAAGAAGGACCCACACACCCUUUGGAUUGCUUUGGCCGAUCACUUCGAUCACCAGAAAAACAUUUACUUGCCUGAAGCAAGAUACGACUGGCAACAUUUAUGCUUCCAAGACUUUAAGUCUAUAAAUGAAUACAACUAUGAAGUUUGUAGAAUCCGAUCACUGCUUAAGUUCUGUGAAGAGGACUUAACCGAAGAGGACCUCCUGGAUAGACCCGCCAAUUUCUGA